AUUCUUCUCACGUGAAAACUGGAAACUUUGUUGGAGAAUAGAAAAUAAUGGCAAAGUAUAAGAAAGGAAAAGAUGCAAAAUAUGCCGACGCUGUUGCAGAUGACGAUGACGUCUUCCCAGUAGCUCGUAAAAUUGCUGAGCACACAAAAGAGAAAGACCAAGAAAUCCAUUCAUCAUAUUUCGAACUCGAUGGAAAACCUUUCUCUGCUAUCAAUAAAGCAAUGCUUCCAAUUUAUAUUGAAGAUCCGCUGGAAUUUUUUGACGAAUUUGGAUUCCGAAAACAAGACGAUGAUCACGAUCCAAAUUUAGGAGAUGAGGAGGAAACAUCUUCUGCAAAACAUCUCUCCGAACCAUUGGAGAACAGCACUCAUAAAUUAAAACUAAUUUCAUAUUUGCAAGAUGUGCACAAGGAAGUGAAAGACGAUGUCUUGUGGUCGCACAUACUUGGUCCAGAGCUGAAAACGGAUAGAUUUGAGGAGCUAUUGAAAGAAGGCGGCAUACCACACUCGAUGCGUCCUUUUCUAUGGCCUCGUCUUUCUGGAGCCACCAAAAAACAGAAAGAUGCAAAGUACACGUACGAAAGUGUUCUACAGCAGUGUGCUCAAGACAAACCGUCAAUUGGCGUACAAAUUGAGCGCGAUUUGCUGAGGACAUUACCAAAUAAUAUUUGUUUUUGGAAAAAGAAUUCCGAAGGAAUUGAAGCGCUAAGGAGGAUACUCAAAUGUGUUGCAUUCAUUUAUCCAGAUCUUGGAUAUUGCCAGGGAAUGGGUGUGAUUGUCGCUACUCUUCUUCUAUACUGCUCUGAAGAAACAACAUUUUGGAUGAUGACUGCAUUGAUCGAAGACAUACUUCCUCCCAACUUCUAUACCCAAACGCUUUUAGGUCUUCAAGCAGACGAGCGAGUGUCCAGACAUUUGAUGAAAUGUCAUGUUCCUGACUUGAAUAAAGCUUUGGAAGACUACGAAGUCGAGGUAUCACUUCUGACCGUCAGUUGGUUGUUAACCCUCUUUGGUUCUGUGUUCAGAACCAGAGUUAUGUUGAGAGUUUGGGAUUUUAUUUUCUAUUCCGGUGGUGUCAAUAUAUUUCGGGUCAUCAUCUCAAUUCUGAAAAUGAAGGAACAAGAAAUUGUAGAAAUCGCGGAGACCACACAAUCCUCUGCGGACAUUUUCACUGCAUUAAGUCAACUUCCAGCUUCAGUUACUGAGGUGGAGAAGGUGAUUGAGUAUAUGGGCUCUUUUGAGUUUACUAUCACGGAUCACCUAAUUGCCGAACUGCGGAAAAAGCAUCAGGCGGUGUUAAUGGCAGAUCAGGGAAUGAUUGUCAACACCGCCACAGAUACAAAUUUGCCAAAACAAACUACUCAGAGAAGAAAGCUCACUAGAUCAAAAUCGAUUAUCAAGCAAAUUUUUAGUUCUAAAGAUGAGACUGCAAAUGACCCAAAGAGCAAAAAUAUCCGCCAAACCGAAAUUCUAGUUGAUCUCAAGGAAUCUGUACUUCAAAUUUGCCGAUAUUUUAUUUCAUGUGAUGAAAAAAUGGAGCUUAAUGUCUGCACUCAGGCCGAUUACAGUCCCGAAAGUCAUAACAAGGAUAUUGCGAACUAUUUGAAAGGAAGACGUGUUGGAGCCAAGAGAGCUCGGGCUCUGUUAGAUUUUGCUAGAGAAGAAGAAAACGAGCUGGGAUUCAGGAAAAACGACAUCGUCACAAUAAUUAGUGAAAAGGACGAGCAUUGCUGGGUUGGAGAGGUUAACGGAUUACGUGGUUGGUUCCCAGCGAAAUUUGUUGAAGUGGUCGACGAAAGGGGAAAGAGCUAUACCAUUUAUGGAGACGAAGCCGUGUCACCGGAGAUCACCGAGUACAUUCGUGGCCGAUUAGCUAAUAGUUUUCGACAAAUAAUGGAUCAUGGAAUUCGAGAGAAUGCAUUGUAUACAUCUAUGGCAUACCAUCCAUGGUCAUUCAUUGAAGAUAUUGCAUAUUAUUCAGUGGAGAAAAACUUCAAUUCGGUGUACUCACGAUUGACACUUUGCAAUACAUUCAAUCUUGACGAGGAUGGAAAAAUUUUGACCCCAGAAGAACUUCUCUUCCGAUCGGUUCAACUUAUAAACGAUUCUCACAACGCCGUCUCGGCGCAUUCAGAUGUGAAACUUAGAAGUCUUCUCGUCGUCGGGGUCAACGAGCAAUGCAUUCAUCUGUGGUUUGACCUUCUAUGUUCCGCCACACAACACGAACACAUUCGAAAUAAAUACUAUCACAGUUGGGCAUUCAUACGAUCACCAGCGUGGCGCCAAAUCAAGUGUGACCUCAGGCUUUUGAGUCAGUUCUCGUUCAAUCUCAGCAUGUCAUUCGAAAUUGAGGGAAUAGACAAAAAGAAGCGGAAGUUUGUUAAUGGGCUACUUACAAGUCAAAAAAAGAAGAUUCUCUCGACGGUUGUGUCUUCUUCGCAGGACAAUAAACAAAACGGAGAAGAACCAUUAAAGCAAGGUGUCACUGAUAUGCUGAUAAAACAUCAUUUGUUCAGUUGGGACUUGUAAUGUCUUCAUAUCUUAAUUGUUAGCAUAUUACCAUCGUGCAUGAAAUAUCUCCCAUUUCUCAAUUUUUUGGGUAUCGUUCUGGUUUUAUGAUCUCGUAAUCUUCUAUAUUUGAUACCUUUCAAUUGUGUCAUUGAUCUAGUUGGCAGCAUCGAAUAAACACUUAAAAUCCAGUA